AUGGCUCCUUUAGUUAUUCGUGAUUCUGAUGAUGAUAGUUCCGACCCACCGCGUACGACAAAAAAAACUCGCGUCUCAGCACACGCAAGUUCAGAGCUAUCUGAGCUUACCGUAUCCUCCACAACGUCCCAACGCGAUUCUCUCAAAGUCGCCAAAAUCAUCACUCGAGAUGAUGCCAGUGAUGACGAAGAACCGACUUACACCUGUGUAGUGGAAGGUAGUAAGAAAAAAGUCAAACUCAAGGAAUCACAGCUGGAAAAGAAGAUGGUCUCUGCAUUCAAAAAAGCGAGCGAGACUGUCACUAUUGAGGAUUCUGACGAUGAUCACACCGAGUCAGGUAAUGCGCGAAGUGAAAGCAAGUCGGACACCAAUUUCAUUUCAGAUGACUCAGAUGAAGGCGGCAAACGCAAGAGACGUAGUGGAAAUCGUCGUGAAACUAGGACCUCCGGCAGAGAUACACGCGACAGUGAUAGUGGCAAUAGACGUAGUACUCGCGAUACUCGUCAUCGAGGUAGCCUCAAAUUGAAGGACCCCAUCAUGAGCGAGGAGCUGAGAGAAUCAGAAUCUGAUGAACAUGACAGCGUCAAGGUCCACAGUACUCGAGCCCAGAGGAAAAGCGAUCGAGAUCAAAAGAAACGCGAUCGAGAUGAAAGUGAGGAUCUCACCGAGCGUGGAAGCUCGCAACCACGAGCACACAAAGCCAAAUCACCUCGAAAAAUCAAAACCAAGCUCCGAGUUGGAGAUCGCCCUCGCGAUGAACACCAUGAGUCCUGCGCGAAAUGUUCUGGACCAUUCGAACCAGACUUGGUGAAGAACUGGAAGAAAGCCAAUCAGCACCGCAGUGGAAAAAUCACCACACGUAGUUUACUUCAUAGGUUUCCGACUCUUGAUGAUGUAUAUGAUCAGGGAUGUUGGGUCGACUGUAGUGAUUGUUCAAUGGGAUAUCACUAUGGGUGUCUGCCAUUUGAGAUGAGAAAGGACAUAGCCCGCCAACAUAAGCAAGAAAGAGAGGCACUCUUGCUCAAGGAGCAGAACGAAGCAGCGGAUCAACGUCAAGACACACCUUCUACUGGUGAAGCAGUUUCAGCCAUGAAAAAAGAACAAUUGCCGAAUAUUCGGUUGUCAAUCAAAUGUCCAAUGUGUAUCAAACCACACGGCGGAGAGUGUAUGAUCUGUGGAAACGGGCUCGAAUCGGCUCAGACGAUUGAUGGUAAGGGUUCUUCAUCAACUCCCGCUACAGCUUCAGCACAAGUCAAAGUGGCUGAUAAGGACGAGAAGGAACCUCAGACAAACGUCAAAAAGCCGCAAUUGUCAAAACCUGAUGAUUCGGAUGUUGAUGAACUGGAAGUCGAUACAUCUAACGAUCAGCCAAUCUUCUUUCGGUGCACCAGCUGUAAAAGACCUGCCCACUAUCUUUGUCUGCCGCCUAGUGAAGAAGAACCCGAAGACGACAUCGAUAGAAUUGCCGAAUACUGGCAGAGUGACUGGACUUGUAAGGACUGUAAUGAAUUGGAGGAGCUCUCUAUACAAUACAUUAUAGCUUGGAGAAAGCCAAUGUCUUUAAACUCUAGUCAAGAACACAAAAAUUCUACCAAGUCCAAUGAUCAGCUUGUUGGAACGCUGCACAGUCCAUCUAAAGGUAGAAAGGUUGAGAAAGCCGCCAAAACUCAACUCCCCGACAUCAAGGAUCCGUUCGACCAGGCCGAAUAUCUGUGCAAAUUUGAGGACUUCAGCUUCGCUGAUUGUUCAUGGGUCCCACAUUCAUACAUGGCCGCCAAACAUACGAUCAAGCUACGAAACUUUUUGUCAAAAGGGCCUCAACUUGACUUGAAACAAUUGAAUGGGCUGGCGGAUGAAGCAGAGGAAGAGGACUCUGGGGACGAAAACGAAGACGAAUCAUUGUUUAACCUGGAACCUGACCAAGAUGCGGAAUCGAAGAUACCGAAGGCGUGGCUCACGCCCGAAAGGAUUUUAUCAGUGGAAUUCGCGAAUGAAAAACUGAUCGACGAUAUGAAAGAGAAGGAUAUCCCUACGACAGCUAAAGGAAUGUAUGAUAGAAUCGAGAGAGCUUAUAUAAAAUGGGAAGAGCAAGCAUAUGUAUCCUCGACUUGGUCGGACAAAACGCCAAAGGAUUCACCAUACUUUCCCGCUUUCAUGGCUGCAUUAGAGCAUUAUGUCAAAUUUCGCAAGUUUGUCGUACCCGUAGUCAAACAUGAGAAGGAGUUGGCCAGACUGGACGCUCCUAGGCCCCACGGUUCCUUCGUUGCUUUCGAAACACAACCGGACUACAUUCCGCACACACUGAUGGAUUUCCAGUUGGAAGGAGUCAAUUUUUGUUAUUAUAACUGGUAUUCACAGCACCCCACCAUCUUAGCAGACGAGAUGGGGCUAGGGAAAACUGUUCAAAUUUGCUCACUGAUCGCCGUUUUGACCAAGAUAGAAAAGAGGAUGCCAUUCCUCAUUUGUGUUCCUAACAGUACUAUUGGAAACUGGGUUCGUGAGUGUGCCAAAUGGCUUCCAGAUCUUAAAUGUGUUCCCCUUCCUGGGGCCUAUGAUUCAUGCGAGAUUGUGGAACAAUGGGAGCUGUUCAAAACAUUGCCGAAGUGCAAACCGCAGCUUUCAGCUCAUGUGGUCAUAGCGACCUAUCAAGCUGCCGAGAAAAACGUUGCGGUUCUGGCAAAAGUUCAAAGAUGGGAAGCUGUGAUUGUGGACGAAGGUCAAAGGCUCAAGGCAGGUCCCAAAGGAGGUCUCUUCAAGGCUUUACACAGCAUGAAAGCCGGUCACAGAAUCUUGAUGUCGGGCACCCCACUGAACAAUAAUCUUCGAGAACUCUUCAACCUUUUGAGCUUCUUGAGUCCCGAGGAAUACCCUCUUGAUGUCAUUGAUGAGUUGGAACAGCGCUAUCAAGAACUAACGCCCGAGUUAAUCGAAGAACUUCGUAACACCAUUCGCCCCUAUAUGCUAAGACGUACUAAGGAAACCGCUUUAGAGCUACCCAAAUUGACAGAGAUUAUUGUACCAAUAUCGAUGAGACCACUGCAAAAGAAAGUCUACAAAGGAUUGCUUUCCAAAAACGUCGCGGUCAUCACGGCAAUAUAUUCAAAAAAGAAGAACAAACAUUCCAAAGCAAGCUGUAUGAACUUAUUGAUGCAAUUGAGGAAGGCGCUUGCACACCCUUACUUGAAUGAUCCCGAAAUCGAACCGGACGUUAGUGAUGAACAAACUCAUGAUAAUCUGGUUGAGGCGUCUGGAAAACUAGUUUUUCUUCAAAAGUUUAUACCGAAACUCUUGAAACGAGGUCAUCGCAUUUUGAUUUUUUCACAGUUCACGAUCUUCCUUGACAUCAUGGAACGAUUUCUAGAGGGAGAGGAGCGACCAUACCUACGACUGUCUACCUUACAGGACGGUACAACUUCACAACUAGACCGACAGACUCGAAUCGAUGCAUUCAACCGCCCCAAUUCUAAUCACAACCUAUUUCUGCUGUCCACUCGGGCAGGUGGAGCGGGCAUAAAUCUAGCCACAGCGGAUACGGUCAUUAUUCUGGAUCCCGACUACAAUCCUCACAAUGAUUUGCAGGCUAUCAGUCGGGCACAUCGAUUUGGCCAGAAGAAACCUGUCAAUGUGUUUAAACUGAUGACCUCUGCUUCAGCUGAAGAAAGAAUUGUCCAAAUGGGAAAGAGAAAGCUAGUUUUGGAUCAUCUCGUUAUUCAGAAGGUCUCUGAAGAAGAGACCGAGGCGCACGAUGUUGAGAACAUCCUCCAAUACGGAGCCAAGGAACUCCUCACUGCGUCCGAGGAAGCCUUACAACAAGACAUACGAUACACCGACGCGGAGCUAGACGAAUUGAUUCAGCGUACUACCGAGGAAGCAAAAACGAGUGAACCCGCCGAUCCUGCUAAGAAAGACGAUAAAACGUUUGCAUUCGCUCGAGUUUGGGAGGGAGGUUCGCGUGGGCUGACUAGUCUGGACAAAGUGGGAGAUGCCGAGGCAAAUGAAAAUGUUCAAGAGCAGCGAAGUUUUUGGGACAGUGUUCUGCAAGCUAAUCAAGAAGAGGAGCAAUCUUCAGCUGUAAAUAAUGAGACUGAAACGGGACGUGGAUAUCGUAAGCGUAGAGAUGUUGCUUAUGUCAUCGCCGACCUAGAUCCUUCACCUAAGAAGCGCAAAACGGGGCCGUCAAAGAAUGACGAUGACGAUAUGAAAGGUGAUGGGGAUUUCCAGCUACCGGAAGACAUUGUCGAUUCGUCCGACGACGAACCCGGCGGACCAAGGCCUGAUGAUGAGGAUAUCACUGUACUGUUGAACGAUACUGUCCCAGCUGAUCCAAUGGCUAUUGCGGCCAAAAAGGCGGCCUCUGAAGAAAGAAGGAGGCAGAAACUGGCUGAUCGAUAUAGCAGAAUGGCACAGGGCCCGGUCGAUUGGCCAGCCCAUCACAUGACGAAUCAGCAGCUUCCACAAGCAAAUCCAGCUCAGUAUCUUCCCAAUUCGAGUACACAUCCGCAAGUCAUGAAUUUAGCAGUGCAAAGUUCCCAGCCAGUUGCUCCAAAGCCGAAGCAUCCAAAAGUGACUAAUAUCACUAUGCCCAAUCUUGAUGGGCUGAAUUCUGCCGCAUCAAAGCGUGCAAUGGACAUGGUUUUGCGCGAUAUUCAACAGAAAGCCAGAGCGCUCAGCGAUCCAGCAUUGGAUCAACUAUUAGACUCAAUGAGAGGACAACCAUCUUCACGCCAGAAAGAGAUUAUGAGUGAAGCAGCAGUAUUGGUUAGGAAGUUGACCAGACGUAAAGCUAGACAAGCAAAAAUAGCACAACAAGCGAUAGCUAUGGAUCAGCAAGUGCACCGGCCAGCGAACCCGAUGCAACACCAACCAAUGCACGGACCGCCAGUUCACCCGCCACACUUACAGCAGCAAGGCAUGGGGUUAGCUUUGCAGCAACAGCAAUACAGCCCGAUGUAUGCAACACAACCUCAUCAAUCGACAUCUGCACGGAGUCCACAUCCACCUGGACCACUACCUCCCCCCCGUUUCUUAGAAACCAAUCCAAAGUCAAUCAAACCUUAUUUACAAAACCCUACUCUUCAAACUUCUACUAGUCAACCUUGGCCAAGUAUGGAAACCAGUCGAGCUCAAGCGAAAUCCAUGGAAUAUAGAAACUCUAUGGGUAGUACUAGUUCAUCUAAAACCAAAUCAAGUAAAGAAAAAUCACGGAAAGAAAAAUCACCUAUUACGCAACCUAGUGGGCAAUCAUCAAAUGGACAGAUCCAGAGAGGACCUGAAGGUUGGGGUAACUGGCAAAUUUAA